GACCCCAGCCCCCCGGAUCCCGGUCCCCGACCCCGCCACCCCCGCUUGGCUGCCGGGUCCCGGCCCCCCUGCCUCCGCGCCCCGGGCCAGCGGACGCACUCGCAGGUCUCGGACCCGGUGCCGGCGCAAUGGGGGCUGGGGUAGGCAGCCGGAGAGGGAGAGAGAGACAAGCUGGGGGCCGAAGCGCCUCUCUUCCUUCUCCUCUCCGGGCCCGCGCCCUUCCCCGCCCGCCCCGGCGCCCUACUGUGUGCCCGUCCCCCUUCCGGGGCCGCCGGUUUGGGUGAGGACACCUGGAUGAGCGGGAAGACUGCUAGAAAGGUCUUCCCAGGUAGAGAGGACUGCACGUGCAAAGGCAAGGAGAGUGCGCGGGAGGCUUGCGCCUGAGCCCCGCGGGGGAGCAGGCGAGGGCGGACGCGCCUCAAACUUGAUUGCCAUCCCCAGGAAGGCUGGAAGCCACUGAGGCCCCCAACUGGACAGCACCUUCCCCCGGUUUCUGCCCAGCUUGCACUGGCCUGGGGGGAUGGUGUCCCGCGAAUCAGGACACAGGCGCCUGGUGGGUAGUUAGCACUUGGGCACCAUUAACAACUUUUCAGCACUGGGUAGUUUGUGGGCAAGGGACAGCACUCCACAAAAUCUUGGGGGCGCCUCCUGCUUCUCCCCAGGCAAGAGACUUAGUGAUAGAGGCAGCAGCGCCCUGAGCCCGUGCACACGGUAGAACGGAGAAGUUUCAAUCCCCAGCAAAUCUCUUUCCAGGCCCAAGGCCCUGGAGGGUCUAGGACCCCUGGGCACCUGGGAAGGGAGAAACCGCCUAGACAGGGACCUGACAGCAAAGGGAGGUCCCACAUUUUCUGACAUCUGUGGCCCAGCAGGUGAAGCCUGAGGCCGGGCAGGAAGGAGGUGGCAGGGCUGAGCCCCAGGAGAAGCCAGGAUCUGGGGCAGGCCCCCUUUGUGCCCAGGGAGGGGCCAGGCAGGGCAGGUGGUAGCCAAGUCCUACAGAUGUGGGGGAAAGAGUAUUGCUAUGCCCAGGUGGCCUUGGCUGCCACUGACUCCUGAAUGUAAUGGGUGCCUCUCGUGCAGGUAAGAUCAGAGGCCAGGAAGUAGACGGUCCUUCCCAACUGUCCCUCCUGUCUUCUUGGCCCCCUUGCUCUCAGGCAGCCACUCAAAGCCCUUGCUGGGAUCUGGGCAAGACCAAGUAGGCCUCAGCCCCACCUCAAGUUAGACUUCAGGAAGAACUUCCAGGGGAACCGGGGGAUGACAGUGGGAUGGACUGGGGGGAGGUCAUUUGUAAACAGUGUAGCUACACCUUUGUCCCAGGCCUUCCAAAGUCCAGUCUGUAAACUGCAUCUUCCAGAAGGCCCACCCUGUGGCCUUGAGGACUCUUUGGCUGCAGGGAUCUCUUUGCUGAUCUGGUGACCUCUCCCCCAGCCCUGUGGCUUGCAGGGUGAUAUGGGGCUUCCUGGGUCCCUGCUCAUCUUGAAACUAACCAAGGGGGGGAAGGGGGGAGGUCUCCUGGAUGCCCCUUCUUUCUGCUUGACCUUGGUGAGCCCUUGGCCUCUCAGUUUCUCCAUCGGCUAUUGAUCGUGAUCUCAGCACCACAGGCUUCGAGGGCAUUUGUGAAGGGGGUGCUGUGUACAGGGUGGGAGCUCAUGACUGCUGGGCAUGGGCUGUGUGCCUGGGCUGCCUUUCCCCCAACCCCAUCAGGCCUGGGCUGGCCGCCCACUUCUGUUCACCAUGGAGCUGGGUUUCCCUGGGGACCAACCCCAGCCCAACCCCACCCCCUUAGCCUCUCCUGGCCUUACUCACACUGGGAGGAGGGGUGGAGGCUGGGUGGCCUCUUGGACCCCUGCCCCCUUUGCUGAGAAGCCUCCAUCCACUGCUGGGCCGGGGAGGAAGAAGCAGUGGUUGCCCCUGGAGGAGGUGGGUAUCCAGGGGCUGCCAGCCAGAGUUGGGGCCAGGACCCAGGAGAACUAAAUGUCACCCCAUUGUAGGAAGGAGAAACACCAGGAUCAAGAGGGCUCUGAUCUGCCUGAAGGGACCUGGGUUUGGACCCCAGGCAUGGUGGCCUCCCUGAAAAACGGAGGGUCCAGGGCUCCCAGGCUGCUGAUUUUCCAGUGGGCUGCAGAAAUCAGGGUUUACCUGACAAGGCAGCUGUGGGGCUGGACCUAAAAGAGAGGCUGAGAUCUGAGCGGAAGUCCCCCUAGGCAGUAGGCACAGCCCACAGGCAAAAAUGGGAGGGGAGAAUGAGGGUAGGGAGCCUGGAGGUUCUCAGAAGGGAGGUACCUUCCAGGGUCCGCUGCAGUAGUGGCUCCCAGCUCAAAUGUCCGCAUCUUCCAGAAGCCAACCCCCACCCCCCGCCCCGUGUGUCUUUAUCUCUCUGUGUCUCUCCCCACAACCCCCAUCAAAGCCCUGGUCCCUACAGAUGCCCCUUGUCUCCCCUGCAGGUCCUGGAGGCAGCUCCAGCUGGGAUGGCAGCUCCAGCAUCUCUAAGGGCCAUGGGGAGUCCAGCCCCGCCGCUGCGGGGGGCACCCUAGGCCUCCCACAGCCUACCAUCUGUGUACCUCUCCCCCAUUCAUCUGUGGGCCACUCGCCAUGGGUGGGUGCUUCUCCAAGCCCAAGCCAGUGGAGCUCAAGAUCGAGGUGGUGCUGCCUGAGAAGGAGCGGGGCAAGGAGGAGCUGUCCGGCGGGAAGGGCAGCCCCCGGGCCUACCAGGGCAACGGCACAGCCCGCCACUUCCACGCUGAGGAGCGCCUGCCCGCCCCUCACCCCUAUCCCGGUGCUCAGGACUGUGUGGAGGCCGCUGUCUGCCACGUCAAGGACCUUGAGAAUGGCCAGAUGCGGGAAGUGGAGCUGGGCUGGGGGAAGGUGUUGUUGGUGAAGGACAACGGGGAGUUCCACGCUCUGGGCCACAAGUGUCCACACUAUGGCGCGCCCCUGGUGAAAGGCGUGCUGUCCCGUGGCCGGGUGCGCUGCCCCUGGCAUGGUGCCUGCUUCAACGUCAGCACUGGUGACCUAGAGGACUUCCCUGGCCUGGACAGUCUGCACAAAUUCCAGGUGAAGAUUGAGAAGGAGAAGGUGUACGUCCGGGCCAGCAAGCAGGCCUUGCAGCUACAGCGAAGAACCAAGGUGAUGGCCAAGUGUAUCUCUCCAUGUGCUGGCCACAGCAGCAGCACCAACGUGCUCAUUGUAGGCGCAGGUGCAGCGGGCUUAGUGUGUGCGGAGACACUGCGGCAGGAGGGGUUCUCAGACAGGAUCGUCUUGUGCACACUGGACCGGCACCUCCCCUAUGACCGACCUAAGCUCAGCAAGUGCCUGGAUGCCCAACCUGAGCAGCUGGCCCUGAGGCCCAAGGAGUUCUUCCGGGCCUAUGGCAUCGAGGUGCUCACCGAGGCCCAGGUGGUCACAGUGGACGUGAGAAACAAGAAGGUCGUGUUCAAGGAUGGCUUCAAGCUGGAGUACAGCAAGCUGUUGCUCGCACCGGGGAGCAGCCCUAAGACGCUGAGCUGCAAAGGCAAAGAGGUGGAGAACGUGUUCACCAUCCGGACCCCUGAAGAUGCCAAUCGUGUGGUGAGGCUGGCCCGGGGCCGCAACGCGGUGGUCGUGGGAGCUGGCUUCCUGGGGAUGGAGGUGGCUGCCUAUCUGACCGAAAAGGCCCACUCAGUGUCCGUGGUGGAGCUGGAGGAGACACCCUUCAGGAGAUUUUUGGGGGAACGUGUCGGUCGUGCCCUCAUGAAGAUGUUUGAGAACAACCGGGUCAAGUUCUACAUGCAGACAGAGGUGUCGGAGCUGCGGGCCCAGGAGGGAAAGCUGAAGGAGGUCGUGCUGAAGAGCAGCAAGGUUGUGAGGGCUGACGUCUGCGUUGUGGGCAUUGAUGAUGCUGACCAACGUCCCAGGAGUGUUUGCAGCUGGCGAUGCUGUCACCUUCCCCCUGGCCUGGAGGAACAAUCGGAAAGUGAACAUCCCACACUGGCAGAUGGCUCAUGCCCAGGGCCGGGUGGCGGCCCAGAACAUGCUGGCGCAGGAGGCGGAGAUCAGCACCGUGCCCUACCUGUGGACAGCCAUGUUCGGCAAGAGCCUGCGCUACGCGGCCCCUCCUGUUUGGCCCACAGGGUACGGAGAAGGCUUCGACGACGUCAUCAUCCAGGGGGAUCUGGAAGAGCUCAAAUUCGUGGCUUUUUACACCAAGACCGGCGACAUGUCCUGGCUCACAGGGAAAGGAUCCUGAGCUCGCAUGCAGCAGACUUGGGCAGGCACGCUUGGGCACCAGGGACAGAGGCCAAGCCCUGGAGGCAGGUGCCAACCUCCAAUUUCCCAGGAUCCCCCAGGGCAGAACCUGAGUCUUCCCAGUGCUUGCCUUCGGUUGCCUGGCUCACCUCCAGAGAGGCUUCUGCUGCCUCCAAGAGAUGCUUACCCCCCAAGGCCUCAGCUGCCACUGAUGGCUGGCAAUGGAGGCAGGACAGGCCUAUCCUCUUCUCCCUCUCGAGACUGGUCUCCUGCAGGAUCCUGAAACAUAUUAGAUAUUAUCUUAAAAUUAAAACGCACACAUUUGCAGAGCUGUGUGACUUCCAUUGUAAUUGGACAGACACUCAUGAGGGAGAGAGCACAACCACACAAUGCUCAGUGUCACACCAGUUUGGCCUAUGCGCACUUAGAGGGAGUAGCAACUGAUUCUGCCCCUGGGGUUGGGGAAAGCUUCUCUAACCAGUGUCUUGGAUCUGCAUUUUGAAAGAAGGGCACUCUGGGUAGAAGGGAUAGCAUGUGCCAAGGGUUUGAGAUGGGAAGUGCUUCUUCAGAGGUCAGAGGCAGCUCAAGCUUGGCAGUUUGGGGACAUGUGCCUACUUAGGGCUGUAAGGGCUGGGUCCUGAGGCAGAGCCCAUGCUUUUCAUGGCAACCAGAGCUCUCUGAAUCCCCAUUUUGCAGGUAAAGAAAACGAGGCUC